GUGGAAGGCGAUCCGGAUAAGUGUGGGGUCAGAGUGAGUGGAAUAUGCCAUGCCAUGCCAUGGAGGAGGGGAGUGGGACGAUUAGCAUCGCCACGGCGGCAUGAGUCAUCCACCUGCACUACGGCGUCACAAACAACGAAGAUGGAAGGAGAUAAAACGGACAACGAGAGCUGCGGUAGCAGAGUAAUUAGCGACGCCUUACCUACGUCGCAGGCUGCCCUGGACCGUCGUGAGCGCAUCAAACUAGAGGUUUUCGGUGAGGUUUUCCGCCGUCUCCGUCAAUCCGGCAUCCAAGACACGGAUCUUCCUGCUUUCGAGAACGAGCUCUGGACUCACUUCAAUCGCCUCCCGGCUCGGUAUGCUUUGGAUGUAAAUGUAGAGAGGGCAGAAGAUGUUCUGAUGCACAAGAGAUUGCUGCAUUCAGCUCAUGAUCCGGAUAACAGGCCAGCAAUCGAAGUUCGUCUCGUCCAGGUUCAACCUGCGGGGAUCUCAGCUGACUCCACCACCUUGGACUCUCUUAGUAAUGUGGCCGAUCAAACUUCUCCUACUCUCUCUACCAGAAAAAGCAUUCAUCCGCCGCCUGCAUUUGGUUCAUCCCCCAAUCUCGAAGCACUUGCACUUGCAGCAAGUAUAUCCCAAGACGAAGAGGGGGACAACUCUGUGCGUAACAAUUCACUGUAUUCACGGCCCUUGCAUGAGAUAACCUUUUCCACAGAAGACAAGCCUAAACUCCUUUUUCAGUUAACUGCAUUGCUAGCUGAGCUUGGGCUGAACAUUCAAGAGGCGCAUGCUUUUUCUACAACUGAUGGCUUCUCACUAGAUGUUUUUGUCGUUGAUGGUUGGCCAUACGAGGAAAUAGACAGACUUAGGAUAGCAUUGGAGAAAGAAGCAGCAAAGAUCGAGUUGCAAGACCAAAGCUGGCCUAUGCAGCAAUCUUUUUCCCCUGAGAAGGAAAGCGGGCAAGCAGGUGCCAGAACGGCGAAAGAUCAUGUUGCAAUACCCAAUGAUGGAACGGAUGUUUGGGAAAUCAACCUUAAAAACUUAAAAUUUGGGCAUAAAAUAGCAUCCGGUUCUUAUGGAGAUCUGUAUAAAGGCACAUAUUGUAGCCAGGAAGUUGCUAUAAAAGUCCUCAAGCCAGAGCGUCUAGAUUCUGAGCUAGAGAAAGAGUUUGCUCAAGAAGUCUUUAUUAUGAGGAAAGUUCGGCACAAAAACGUCGUUCAGUUCAUUGGAGCUUGCACCAAACCUCCUCAUCUGUGUAUAGUUACAGAAUUCAUGCCCGGUGGAAGUGUAUAUGACUAUCUACACAAGCAAAAGGGCGUCUUUAAGCUCCCAGCUUUGUUUAAAGUAGCUAUAGAUAUUUGCAAAGGGAUGAAUUACUUACACCAGAAUAACAUAAUUCACAGAGAUUUGAAGGCUGCCAACCUUUUAAUGGACGAAAAUGAGGUUGUUAAGGUUGCAGAUUUUGGGGUGGCUAGAGUAAAAGCACAAACUGGAGUUAUGACAGCCGAAACUGGAACAUAUCGGUGGAUGGCUCCAGAGGUGAUAGAACACAAGCCAUAUGAUCACAAGGCUGACGUUUUCAGCUACGGGAUUGUGCUAUGGGAGUUGUUGACUGGCAAGCUUCCAUAUGAAUUCAUGACGCCAUUGCAGGCAGCAGUAGGGGUGGUCCAAAAGGGAUUAAGGCCGACAAUACCGAAGAACACGCAUCCGAAGAUGAAAGAGUUAUUGGAGAGAUUGUGGGAGAAGGAUCCAACGCUGAGACCGGACUUCUCAGAGAUAACAGAGCAGCUGCAACAGAUAGCAAAGGAAGUAAGUAGGAGAAGAGGGGGAGGAGAAGAAAAAAGCUUCAACAGGAGGUGGCAUAUUUGCGGCCCUGAGGAGAAGCACAACACAUCACUGAUAAUUGCAAAGAAGAUGGUCUUCACUGAUAACCAUUUAUCCUUUAUAUCCCCUCUUCUCAAGACUUUAUACAGAGAGAGACAGACGGUACGGUAUAUAUAUAUAUAUGAGAGUGGAUCUGGUUCCCACCACCAUCCUUGUCGUCUUGGUCCCUAUCGUUCAAUCUGUCAAUUACGGUUGCUCCGAAUAGCUAUGAGUGGACGGCCGGCCAAACGGCCGAGAACCACCGACCAUUCCGUCGUGAAAAUCUGGGAAAGGGAGUUGGGUCAAUUGCCCAAUCGCAAUUUCUCCAACCGUUUUUCAGCCUCUGAGGAUCUAUUGCAGCGUCUCGGGCUCCACAAGAAGCUCCAAGAGCAUAGGGGUUGUGUAAACACAGUAAGCUUCAAUGCAGACGGAGAGAUCCUCCUUUCAGCUUCUGACGACAGGCAAGUCAUACUUUGGAACUGGGAGGCUGCUGCCGUCAAACUCUCAUUCGAUUCUGGCCAUUGCAACAACAUAUUCCAAGCCCAAUUUAUGCCUUUCUCUGACGACCGCAGCAUUGUCACUUGUGCUGCUGAUGGACAGGUCCGCUAUGCCAAAAUUCUCGAGUCCGGACAAGUAGAGACAAGUCUGUUGGGUAAACAUCAUGGACAGGUCCACAAAUUGGCCGUUGAGCCUGGAAGUCCAUUCUCAUUCUUUACUUGUGGCGAGGACGGGGUUGUAAAGCAUUUUGAUCUUAGGACUCGGGUGGCUACAAAUCUUUUCACUUGUAAAGAGGCAAAGUACAAUUUAAUAGUCUACUUGAAUGCAAUUGCAGUUGAUCCGAGGCACCCGCGUCUUUUGGCGGUGGCUGGAAUGGACGAGUAUGCUCGUGUCUACGAUAUUCGCAGCUAUCGCUCUGAGGGUUGGUAUCAUUAUGCCCAGCCCGUAGACCACUUUUGUCCUGCGCAUUUGAUUGGAGUCGACCAUGUGGGAAUCACUGGCCUGGCUUUCUCUGAUCAAAGCGAGCUCCUUGCUUCAUAUAGUCACGACUUCAUCUAUCUUUUCAGCCCUGGUAUGGGGCUGGGCCCAGACCCCUCUUCGGAGAGUGAGAGGAGUACGCCACAGGUUUACAAAGAGCACAAGAACCGUGAAACAGUCAAAGGUGUCAACUUUUUUGGACCCAAGUGUGAGUAUGUGGUUAGUGGUUCUGACUGCGGCCGAAUAUUCAUCUGGAGGAAGAAAGACGGAGAGCUUCUCCGUGCAAUGGAAGCAGAUAAUCAUGUUGUCAACUGUGUGGAGUCUCAUCCUCACAUGCCACUCAUGUCUAGUAGUGGAAUCGAGUCUGACAUCAAAAUAUGGACUCCUGGAGGAACCGAGAAGCUCACUUCGCCGGGAACUGCAACACAGGUGAUCUUGGAUAUUGUCUGA